AAAUUCUCAUGAAUGCUCUCGUAUUCAAAUACUAAAAGUGUCCUUAAAUUAUAUAUAGCCUCGUACUAUACUUAUAUGCAUUGAUUCUUGGAGCUCCGUGGUUGAAGAUGCUUCCCAGAAAGACUGUGGUUUCUUGGGUUCUUGCGGUUUGUUGUCUCGGGCUUCUGAGAUUAUCUGAGUCGCAGGUGCCACAAGAAGAAGUGGAUGCUCUCCAAGAAAUUGUCACUGAUAUGGGUGCAACAUACUGGAGAUUCGAUGCCGACUUAUGUGAAGUUGAGAAGAUUGGGAUUUCGCCGGUGGCUCCAAGUGGCUCCGAGGGUUAUGUUGAAUGUAAUUGCAACUAUAACAACAACACUGUCUGCCAUGUUACAAAAAUUGUCAUUAAGAGUUAUAACCUUCCUGGAAGUCUUCCACCUGGUAUCGUGAAGCUUCCGUACCUCAGGGACAUUGAUUUUGCCUACAACCUUCUAAGAGGUACAAUUCCAAAAGAAUGGGCUUCGAUGCAGUUGAAUUUUAUCUCUGUCCUUGUUAACCGUUUAUCAGGGGAAAUACCGAAGGAAUUGGGAAACAUUACAAGCCUUACAUACCUGAACCUCGAGGGGAACCAACUUUCAGGUGCUGUUCAUGCUGACAUUGGGAGGUUGAUAAAUUUAAAGACUUUGAUCCUGUCCUCCAACCAACUAACAGGGCAAUUGCCUUCUUCAUUUGCAGAUCUAAUAAACUUAAGUGACUUUAGGAUAAAUGAUAACAACUUAAGUGGACGAAUACCUGACUUUAUUCAGAACUGGAAACAGCUCACUAAAUUAGAAAUGUUUGCAAGUGGACUGGAGGGCCCCAUUCCCUUAAACAUAUCUCUUUUGAAUAUGUUAACUGACUUGAGAAUUAGUGACCUAAAAGGGCCGGCCCAAGAAUUUCCAGUUCUACGGAGCACUCCAGGCCUUGUAACGUUGAUAUUAAGAAACUGUAAAAUUACUGGAGAAAUCCCUGCAUAUGUUUGGAGACUUCGACUUCUGCAAAUAUUGGAUGUCAGUUUCAAUCGGUUAGUGGGGAAGAUUCCAAAUCAUAUCGCAAGAAAUCUGAAACUUGUGUUUGUGACUGGGAACAUGUUGAAUGUAUACAUACCUGAUACACUCUUGAAGUAUGGAAGCAAUAUUGAUCUUUCCUACAACAAUUUUACUUUGCAAGAGCCAGACGAACAUGCUUGUCAACCAAACAUGAAUCGUGAUGUCAACUUGUUUGAAGGCUCAUCUACAUCAAAUGGAUUACAACGAAUCCUUCCUUGUGCUAGGGAUGUAGUUUGCCCUAAAUAUAAAUGUUCUCUGCAGGUUAAUUGCGAUGAGGAUGAUUUGACUAUUAAAGAAAGGAAUAGAAGAGUUAUAUAUGAAGGAGAUUCUGGAGGUGAUUCUGCAGCAUAUUUAAGUGGUAACUACUGGGGCUUUACUAGCACUGGUGACUUCUUAGAUGAACGUAAUUACCAGAAUUCACGUUCUAUCAAUUACACCGACUUCAGAUCUCUGCGACUUGUACAGUCCAGCACGCCUUAUAUGCCUCAAGGACAUAAUACCAUCAACCUGGCUAUAACCUACUGGUCUUGUUCGAUAGAGGAUUAUUUUGUUUAUCUAUCUUUUUCUGCAGAUUUUAGAGUUUGUUCGGAUGGCAACAAGAAGAAUGUAACUGCUUAUAUAAUAGCUGCAGUUUUGGCAGUGUGUGUCGUUCUCUUAGUAUUGGGCAUACUCUGGUGGAAAGGUUACUUAAAAGGCAGAAAAAGAGUUGGAAAAGAUUUUGAAGGUCUAGAAUUGCAGACAGUUGCUUUUACUCUCAAACAAAUUAGAGCUGCUACCAACAACUUUGAUGCUGCAAACAAGAUUGGAGAAGGUGGUUUUGGCCCCGUGCACAAGGGUCUACUACCCGACGGUACCAUAAUUGCUGUAAAGCAGCUCUCCUCUAGCUCAAGACAAGGGAUCCAAGAGUUUUUAAAUGAGAUUGGCUUGACCUCUUGCUUACAACACCCAAAUCUUGUGAAGCUCUAUGGAUGCUGCAUGGAAGGAGAUCAAUUGGUUAUGGUAUAUGAGUAUAUGGAGAACAACAGCCUCGCCCAUGUUUUGUUUGAUUCAAACAAAAGCCAAUUGAUGCUAGACUGGCCCACGAGGUUCCAGAUUUGUAUUGGAAUUGCAAGAGGAUUAGCUUUUCUCCAUGAGGAAUCAACAUUGAAAAUUGUUCAUCGGGACAUUAAGGCGACUAAUGUGCUGCUAGAUAAAGAUCUUAAUCCUAAAAUAUCAGAUUUUGGAUUGGCUAGGCUUAAUGAAGAUGAAAAGACACAUAUUAGCACGAGAGUUGCUGGAACAAUAGGAUAUAUGGCGCCUGAAUAUGCACUAUGGGGGUAUCUGACUGAGAAAGCAGAUGUUUACAGCUUCGGAGUCGUGCUUCUGGAAAUUGUUAGUGGCAAAAGGAACAACAAUUAUAUGCCAAGUGAUAAUUUCACUUGUCUUCUGGAUUGGGCUAAUCAGUUGCAAGAAAGUAAAAAGAUGGAUGAACUUGUUGAUGAGAGGUUGGGUUCUCGGGCCGACACAGAGGAAAUAGAUAGGGUGGUGAAAGUAGCACUUGUGUGCACAAAUGCAACUCCAUCCGUCAGGCCUACAAUGUCUGAGGCAGUGCAAAUGCUUGAAGGGAAAAUGGCUGUGGGAAGUCCAUAUAACAAGGAUGUGAGGAUUCUUGGAUCUCCAUGGUUGAAGAUGCUUCCCGGAAAGACUGCUGUUUCUUGGGUUCUUGCGGUUUGUUGUCUCGGGUUUCUGAGAUUGUCUGAGUCGCAGGUGCCACAAGAAGAAGUGGAUGCUCUCCAACAAAUUGUCACUGAUAUGGGUGCAACAUACUGGAGAUUCGAUGCCGACUUAUGUGAAGUUGAGAUGGUUGGGAUUUCGCCGGCGGCUCCAAGUGGCUCAGAGGGUUAUGUUGAAUGUAAUUGCAACUAUAACAACAACACCGUCUGCCAUGUUACAAAAAUUGUCAUUAAGAGUUAUAAUCUUCCUGGAAUUCUUCCACCUGGUAUCGUGAAGCUUCCAUACCUCCGAGACAUUGAUUUUGCCUACAACCUUCUACGAGGUACAAUUCCAAAAGAAUGGGCUUCGAUGCAGUUGAAUUUUAUCUCUGUCCUUGUUAACCGUUUAUCAGGGGAAAUACCGAAGGAAUUGGGAAACAUUACAAGCCUUACAUACCUGAACCUCGAGGCAAACCAAUUUUCAGGUGCUGUUCCUUCUGACAUUGGGAGGUUGAUAAAUUUAAAAACUUUGAUCCUGUCCUCCAACCAACUAACAGGGCAAUUGCCUUCUUCAUUUGCAGAUCUAAUAAACUUAAGUGACUUUAGGAUAAAUGAUAACAACUUAAGUGGACGAAUACCUGACUUUAUUCAGAACUGGAAACAGCUCACUAAAUUGGAAAUGUUUGCGAGUGGACUGGAGGGGCCCAUUCCCUUAAACAUAUCUCUUUUGAAUAUGUUAACUGACUUGAGAAUCAGUGACCUAAAAGGGCCAGCCCAAGAAUUUCCAGUUCUAAGGAGCACUCCGGGCCUUGUAACAUUGAUAUUAAGAAACUGUAAUAUUACUGGAGAAAUCCCUGCAUAUGUUUGGAGACUUCGAGUUCUGCAAAUGUUGGAUGUCAGCUUCAAUCGGUUAGUGGGGGAGAUUCCAAAUCAUAUCGCAAGAAAUCUGAAACUUGUGUUUGUGACUGGGAACAUGUUGAAUGGAUACAUACCUGAUACACUCUUGAAGGAUGGGAGCAAUAUUGAUCUUUCCUACAACAAUUUUACUUUGCGAGGGCCAGAUGAACCUGCUUGUCAAUCAAACAUCAGGAAUCGUGAUGUCAACUUGUUUAAAGGCUCAUCUACAUCGAAUGCAUUACAACGAAUCCUUCCUUGUGCUAGGGAUGUAGUCUGCCCUAAAUAUAAAUGUUCUCUGCAUGUUAAUUGUGGUGGGGAUGAUUUGACUAUUAAAGAAAGCAAUAGAAGAGUUAUAUAUGAAGGAGAUGCUGGAGGUGAUUCUGCAGCAUAUUUAAGUGGUAACUACUGGGGCUUUACUAGUACUGGUGACUUCUUAGAUGAGCCUAAUUACCAGAAUUCACGUUCUAUCAGAAUUACAUCGACUUCAGAUCUCUCCGACUUGUACAGUACAGCACGCCUUAGCCCUCUUUCACUUACAUAUUUCCAUUAUUGCCUGGAGAAUGGGAAUUACAAUGUCAGCCUGCACUUUGCUGAAAUUCUCUUCACAAAUGACAGUACAUAUAACAGCCUUGGAAGGCGGACGUUUGAUAUACAUAUCCAGGAGAAAUUAGUUUUGGAAGGUUUUAACAUUGAAGAAGAGGCCCGUGGAGCUCGCAAGCCUGUUGUUAGGUAUUUUCAUGUCACAGUGACAGAUAGUUCAUUGGAGAUCCGCUUUUACUGGGCUGGUAGAGGGACUACACGGAUCCCCAACAGAGGAGAUUAUGGUUCUCUUAUAUCAGCUAUUUCAGUCAAUCCAAAUUUUAGAGUUUGUUCGGAUGGCAACAAGAAGAACGUAACUGCUUAUAUAAUAGCUGCAGUUUUGGCAGUGUGUGUCGUUCUCUUAAUACUGGGUAUACUCUGGUGGAAAGGUUACUUAAAAGGCAGAAAAAGAGUUGGAAAAGAUUUUGAAGGUCUAGAAUUGCAGACAGUUGCUUUUACUCUCAAACAAAUUAGAGCUGCUACCAACAACUUUGAUGCUGCAAACAAGAUUGGAGAAGGUGGCUUUGGCCCCGUGUACAAGGGUCUACUGCCCGAUGGUACCAUAAUUGCUGUAAAGCAGCUCUCCUCUAGAUCAAGACAAGGGAAUCGAGAAUUUUUAAAUGAGAUUGGCAUGAUCUCUUGCUUACAACACCCAAAUCUUGUGAAGCUCUAUGGAUGCUGCAUAGAAGGAGAUCAAUUGCUUGUGGUAUACGAGUAUAUGGAGAACAACAGCCUCGCCCAUGUUUUGUUUGAUUCAAACGAAAACCAAUUGAUGCUAGAUUGGGCCACGAGGUUCCAGAUAUGUAUUGGCAUUGCAAGAGGAUUAGCUUUUCUCCAUGAGGAAUCAAGAUUGAAAAUUGUUCAUCGGGACAUUAAGGCAACUAACGUGCUGCUAGAUAAAGAUCUUAAUCCUAAAAUAUCAGAUUUUGGAUUGGCUAGGCUUAAUGAAGAUGAAAAGACUCAUAUUAGCACGAAAAUUGCUGGAACAAUAGGAUAUAUGGCGCCUGAAUAUGCACUAUGGGGGUAUCUGACUGACAAAGCAGAUGUUUACAGCUUCGGAGUUGUGCUUCUGGAAAUUGUUAGUGGCAAAAGCAACAACAAUUAUAUGCCAAGUCAUAAUUUCAUUUGCCUUCUGGAUUGGGCUAAUCACUUGCAAGAAAGUAAAAAGAUCGAUGAACUCGUUGAUGAGAGGUUGGGUUCUCGUGCCGACACAGAGGAAAUAGAUAGGGUGGUGAAAGUAGCACUUCUGUGCACAAAUGCAACUCCAUCCGUCAGGCCUACAAUGUCGGAGGUAGUGCAAAUGCUUGAAGGGAAAAUGGUAAUUCCAGACAUAAUUACUGUGGGAAGUCCAUAUAAUAAUGAUGUGAGGUUUAAAGCCGUCAAAGACUUCCACCAAGAGAGGCGAAACCAAAGCGCUAAUUGGAGCCAGUCGCAGAAUUCAACAACGAUACGAACCGAUGCAGGUUUUUCUUCAUCAACCUCUGGGUUUAAUGAAAUCAGUAGAGAUUCUAUAUCAUAUUGAUGCUACUAUGUAUUUUAUUUUUGAAUGGUGGAAUUUCCACCUACUGUAAAUUUAUAAUUUGAUUUUUACACUGGCGAGGGAUUUAUAUUGUAGAAAUGAUGACUGUUGUCUUUCUUCUGUAAUUGUUGUAGGAGAGAAUUUGUGUUCUUGUACGAGUAAUUUUCUCAGGAAAAUAUUUGCAUUAAAUUCACCUUAAGUGACGUGCACUUCGUUUUAUUUUCUUA